CUAAGGCCAUCAGGUCAGGUGCAGCAGAAACAUGACAGAUACGGAGACUAGUCUGUGACUGUCUGUUGGAGAGCAGGUCGAUCUCUCUCUGCAGAACAGCGUCUUUAGACAGACAGGCUUGCCUGAGUCCUGCCAGUCAAUGACUGGUGUUCUGUUCAACCCGUCGUCCCUUUGACUGGAAACGGGACUUUCUUCACAACCUGCACUCCCCAAAAUGUUAUACAUCUAUAUAGAAUCAUAUGGCAUGUUUGGGAGCCUGAGGGACAAUCCGUUAGAAACGGGAAAGACAUCGGUGUCGGGAUGACCAGAUCGUGAUGUUAACAUUCUGCAGUGAUCUAAACGGUGGUCGGGACCGAUAACGGAUCGGGAUUAAUAACACACACUGGCAGCGGGCAUUACAUCACUCAUCACCGUGAGCAAGGCACAGAGUGAAAAAAACAACAACAAACGUUUUGCUCCUAGAAACAACGGCGGGGUUGGUGCACGACCACGGAGUCCCUUCAAAUCAGAACAGAGUGUCUCUGUCGGUGCAGUGCGAGAUGGCUAUAAUCGUGAGAAGACAACUGCCCGCCCGUCUUGCAGACCUGACCCUAUCCUCUCGCUCUGGACCCGCCCGAUGGUAGCGGGCAUUGGCGGCGCCCUCUCCCGCGACCCAGUUCCCACGCCAGCGCGCACGGACAGCCCCUCUCUGUUCCAACGCAAAGGCGACAUACCAACCAGGGGAAAAGGGGCAGCAGCAGUAGUAGGUUGGAUGCGGGUUGUGUGUGCGGUGCUGUGCCUUGGCCUUGUCGGGGCGCUGCAGCGUGAGCAGGUAGCUCAGCAUGCCAUCAAGCUGCAUCGGGGCAGGAGUGCUGUGGCCAAGCACGCUUGGAGCUGGGUGUCUGAUAACUGCCGGCGCCUGGGCAGCCUCAUCCGACAGAAGAACACGGCCAUUAAGAAGCUCGCUGUGGCUGCAGCCGCUGUGGGACGAGACCACUCCCUCUCAGACCCAGAGAGACUCUUCCAGGUUCACACUCUGGAGGUGUUCCAGAAGGAGCUGAAUGAGAGCGAACGCUCAGUCUUCCAGGCUGUGGUGGGCCUGCAGAGGGCGCUGCAGGGAGACUACAGGGACGUGGUCAACAUGAAGGAGAGCAGCCGUCAGAGACUGGAGGCCCUCAGGGAAGCAGCCAUUAAGGAGGAGCAGGAGUAUGUAGAGCUGGUAGCAGCAGAGAAGCACCAGGUGGAGGCUGUGAAGAGUGCCCUGGCCCAGAACAAGACCCUGUCCAUGCUGGAUGAGAUCCUCGAGGACGUCAGGAGAGCUGCUGACCGCCUGGAGGAGGAGAUAGAGGACCACGCCUUCGACAACAAUAAACAGAUGAAUGGAGUGCACGUAGCCAACGUGGAGGCGGUGCUGAGAGUGGAGGAGGAGGAGGAAGACGGAGGGAAAAGAAGAAGGAACUCGUCAAGGAGAGGUGGAGAGGUGGAGGACGACGUGGGACUGAGCAUGCUCAUCGACUCCCAGAACAACCAGUAUGUUCUGACCAAGCCCAGAGACUCCACCAUGCCCCGCUCCGAUCAACACUUCAUCAAGGACCUGGUCUCCGUAGUGAUGCUGUCUCUGCCAUGUGGUUGGCUGUGCACUAUGAUGGGCCUGCCCCCCAUGUUUGGUUACAUCGUCUGUGGAGUCCUCCUGGGUCCCUCUGGACUCAACAGCAUCAAGUCUAUGGUGCAGGUAGAGACGCUGGGAGAGUUGGGAGUGUUCUUCACUCUCUUCGUGGUCGGUCUCGAGUUCUCCCCAGAGAGACUUCGGAAGGUGUGGAAGAUCUCUGUGCAGGGUUCAUGCUACCUCAGUCUGUUGAUGGUGGCUACAGGGCUGCUGUGGGGUCAGGUGCUGCAUAUCCGCCCCACCCAGACCGUCUUCAUCUCCUCCUGUCUCUCUCUAUCCUCCACACCACUGGUCUCACGCUUCCUGGCUGGGGGCGCCCGCGCAGAGAAGGACGGGGAGCUGGACUACAGCAGUGUUCUCCUGGGGAUGUUGGUAAUGCAGGAUGUUCAGCUGGGUCUGUUCAUAGCCGUCAUGCCCACCCUCAUACAGGUGUCAUCUGGCCACCUGGACAGUGUCCUGUUUGGAGGUCUGCACGUCCUCCUGCUCCUGUCCCAGGUCCUGUUCUCUCUGGCUAUGGUACUACUGCUGUGUGUUCUCCUCAAAUCCUUCCUGAUUGGUCCAUACUACAGGAAGCUCCAUGCUGAGUCUAAAGGCAACAAGGAGAUCCUGGUUCUGGGGACCGCUGCCUUUGUAUUCCUCAUGCUCACCGUGACAGAAUUCCUGGGCAUUUCCAUGGAGCUGGGCUGCUUCCUGGCUGGAGCGCUUCUCUCCUCGCAGGGUCACAUUUGCACCACGGAGGUCAUGGGCUGCAUCGAGCCAAUCAGAGACUUCCUCGCCAUCAUCUUCUUCGCCUCCAUUGGUUUCCAUGUCUUUCCUACCUUUGUCCUGUAUGAACUGACAGUUCUGGUGGUGCUGACUCUCUCACUGGUCAUCAUGAAGUUCCUGAUGGCGGUGCUGGUGCUGUCGGCCAUCUUGCCUAAGGGUUCUCGCCACAUCCGUUGGAUAGUGUCUGCUGGCCUGGCGCAGGUCAGCGAGUUCUCCUUCGUCUUGGGGAGCCGCGCCCGCCGAGCUGGCAUCAUCUCCAGAGAGGUGUACCUGCUGGUUCUCAGUGUCACCACUCUGUCCUCUUCUUCCCCAGGUGUACCUGCUGGUUCUCAGUGUCACCACUCUGUCCUCUUCUUCCCCAGGUGUACCUGCUGGUUCUCAGUGUCACCACUCUGUCCUCUUCUUCCCCAGGUGUACCUGCUGGUUCUGUGUCACCACUCUGUCCUCUUCUUCCCCAGGUGUACCUGCUGGUUCUGUGUCACCACUCUGUCCUCUUCUUCCCCAGGUGUACCUGCUGGUUCUCAGUGUCAUCACUCUGUCCUCUUCUUCCCCAGGUGUACCUGCUGGUUCUCAGUGUCACCACUCUGUCCUCUUCUUCCCCAGGUGUACCUGCUGGUUCUCAGUGUCACCACUCUGUCCUCUUCUUCCCCAGGUGUACCUGCUGGUUCUGUGUCACCACUCUGUCCUCUUCUUCCCCAGGUGUACCUGCUGGUUCUCAGUGUCACCACUCUGUCCUCUUCUUCCCCAGGUGUACCUGCUGGUUCUCAGUGUCACCACUCUGUCCUCUUCUUCCCCAGGUGUACCUGCUGGUUCUGUGUCACCACUCUGUCCUCUUCUUCCCCAGGUGUACCUGCUGGUUCUCAGUGUCACCACUCUGUCCUCUUCUUCCCCAGGUGUACCUGCUGGUUCUCAGUGUCACCACUCUGUCCUCUUCUUCCCCAGGUGUACCUGCUGGUUCUCAGUGUCACCACUCUGUCCUCUUCUUCCCCAGGUGUACCUGCUGGUUCUCAGUGUCACCACUCUGUCCUCUUCUUCCCCAGGUGUACCUGCUGGUUCUCAGUGUCAUCACUCUGUCCUCUUCUUCCCCAGGUGUACCUGCUGGUUCUCAGUGUCAUCACUCUGUCCUCUUCUUCCCCAGGUGUACCUGCUGGUUCUCAGUGUCACCACUCUGUCCUCUUCUUCCCCAGGUGUACCUGCUGGUUCUCAGUGUCACCACUCUGUUCUCUUCUUCCCCAGGUGUACCUGCUGGUACUCAGUGUCACCACUCUGAGUCUUCUGCUGGCUCCGGUGUUGUGGAGAGCCGCCACACACAAGUGGGUCCCUCGAGCCGAACGCAAGACGCUCGCCCGCCCGCCCCCGCUGCUGCCACACCCAGCAGACUGAAGCCAAUAGGGGCCCUGUAAAAGGGCCGAAGGGUCAAAGGUCAUUCUCCCUCUUUCCAUGGAGAAAAUCCUAAUGAUCCAUUAUCUUUGGGUCAUUGGUUGCAUCCAAAAUGGCACCCUGUUCCCUACAUAGAGCCCUGAUCUAAAGUAGUGCACUAUGUAGGGAAUUAGGGCUCUGGUCUAAAGGAAGUGCACUAUAUAUAACGAAUAGGGUGUCAUUUGAGAUGGGAUCAUUGUAGAACGGUUUAUACAUGUCCUCAUUGUUGUCUUGACUGUCAUUCCUCCACUCACGUCCUACAGUAGUUAUGGAGGAAUCCCUGAUGAGACUCUUUUGGUUUGUGACGUCACAAUGAUGGUGAUGACAUAUUCCCCUCAAGGGAAUAUUAUUAGUCUGGGGUUGCAUAUGGAUCAGUUUCAUCCGGACAUAAACCUGGGAGAAAGACAAGGUUUUAACAGUUCAACUUUCCAUUUAGUACGUUUUGAAUGUCAUGCUGAUACUGUAAAGUCUGUGUUCUAACCAAACACGGACACAUAGAGACUGUAUGUGGGUUGUUUAUGUCAGGGCUUUACAUGUAUGUACGCAAUUAUUGCACUCCUAUGGCAUCUAAUGCUGUAAAAGGUUUAUUUUUCUUAUGUUUCAGUGACUGUUUCAUAUGAUAAUGGCUUGAUAAUUUUAUUCUGUUUGUACGGUGUACUGUACUGUAGCCCGACUGGAAGAAAAGACUACAACUAGAAGACUUCCUGCUAAUACAUCAUGCAAGGGAGAAAUCAAGAUAUAGCAUUGUAUUUAUUAGGCCAGUUAUAGUUAGAUUAUGUAUAAAUGUUACAAUGGAAAUAAGGGGGUCAUUCCAAGCACAAUAAAUUUCCAUUUUACAUUGUUGUGUUAGGUUGGAGUUUGUUUAGUAUUCAACAAAAUACAAAAGUUGUACAUUAUUUAAUAAAAAAAUGUCGUUUAUUUAUUAAAAUAUUGGUUUAUUGGUUAGGGA